GUGAAGCUUCGAAACUCAAACUCUUUCUGCUAUUCGUUUCUCUCCCACUCGGUGGCAUUUUCCAGAGUUUCUCAGUCGAAGCAUAGCCUUGAAGAUGGUGGCCAGAGCUGCAUUAGCUCGUAACAUCGUUGGCAUUUUAGGAAAUGUCAUCUCCUUCGGUUUGUUCUUCUCGCCGGCGUAAACCUUCUCUCCUUCCCUCCCUCCCGCGCCUCCCUCCAACUUUCAUUGGAAUAAUAAAGAAGAAAGCAGUAGAAGAGUUCAAGCCAGAUCCUUAUCUAGCAACGGUGAUAAACUGUGCGUUUUGGGUGUUCUAUGGAAUGCCUUUUGUGCACCCCAACAGCAUUCUUGUGCUUACUAUUAACAGUGUUGGGCUUGUAUUCGAAGUCGUCUACCUCGCCAUCUUCUUCACCUUUGCCCCACAAAAAGGACGGAAGAAGGUUAUGCUUGCGCUUCUGGUGGAGACCAUAUUUUUCGGAGUCAUAGUUCUUAUUACGAUGCUGGCAUGGCAUGGCACUGAGAAAAGGUCGUUGAUCGUUGGUAUUCUGAGUGAUGUGUUCAAUAUUGUGAUGUAUAUUUCGCCCCUUACAAUCAUGGCCAAGGUUAUAAAGACCAAGAGUGUGAAGUACAUGCCCUUUUGGCUCUCGUUCGCUAACUUCUGUAAUGGUUUGUGCUGGGCAAUUUAUGCUCUCAUCCACCCCUUCGACCUUUUUGUCCUGAUUAGUAAUGGUCUUGGAGCAUUAUCUGGUCUUGUUCAGCUGAUACUAUACACUUUUUAUUGCUCAUGCAAGCCAGAUACCAGUGACAGCGACGACGAUAACACUUCUAAAAAACCUGCUGAAAUCCAGCUCCCGGCUACAGAUGGAGCAGCUAGAGUCUGACGCGUAUCUUCGCAUCAAAUAUUAGAUUUGGCUAUACUUCAUUCUUUUUAUAUUUUGAGACAAAAAGUGGACCUUGGUUUGAUAUGUUUAUGUACAUGAUUGGAGCGAGAACUGUAGUGUGAUUGCAUUAUGCAACUUGUGUUCCCCGUCUUGUGAUUGGGAGGUCAUGACCGCAACCCAAGUAAGCUUACAGUUUCUAUCCCAAAAACUAUUGUGCAUGUUUGGUAAUGCAAAUUGACUUUUUUCAUAC